AUGGUGGCAAUUGUUGAGGUCAAGGCAAGAGAAAUCUUGGAUUCUCGUGGUAACCCAACAGUAGAGGUAGACGUAAAGACGGAGCAAGGAUGCUUUCGUGCUGCUGUACCCUCUGGGGCAUCAACAGGAAUAUAUGAGGCAUUAGAGUUAAGAGAUGGAGAUAAAAAAAGAUUCAAUGGAAAGGGUGUAUUAAAGGCAGUAGAGAAUGUGAAUAAGAUAAUAGGUCCAGCAUUAAUAGGAAAAGAUUGUCUUAAUCAGGAAGAAAUAGAUAAUUUAAUGACAAAAGAAUUAGAUGGUACUAAGACUGAAUGGGGAUAUACAAAGAAUAAAUUAGGGGCUAAUGCUAUAUUAGCUGUAUCUAUGGCUGUAUGUAGGGCAGGAGCAGCAGCAGCAGGUGUCCCCUUAUAUAAGUAUAUAUCCUUAUUAAAGGAUGGUAAGACAGGAUCAGCAGCAGCAGCAGCAGCAGCAGCAGCAGGAGGAGGUAAUGAGGAAUAUAUUAUGCCUGUUCCUUGUUUUAAUGUUAUUAAUGGGGGUAAGCAUGCAGGGAAUAAAUUAGCUAUGCAAGAAUUCAUGAUUGCCCCUACAGGGGCAAAUAGUAUAAGAGAAGGUAUACGUAUAGGUGCAGAGGUAUAUGCAUAUCUACAUAAAUGUAUACAAAAAAAGUAUGGAUUAGAUGCAACAAAUGUAGGGGAUGAGGGAGGAUUUGCCCCUAAUAUUAAGGACCCUAAGGAGGCAAUGGAUCUAUUAAUACAGGCUAUUAAGGAGGCAGGACAUGAGGGAAAAGUACGAAUAAUGACGGACAUUGCUGCCUCGGAGUUCUAUAACCAAGACAAGAAGACAUACGAUCUAGACUUUAAGACACCUAACAAUGAUCAAUCCAUGGUCAAGACAGGACAGCAACUCAAGGAGGUAUACAAGCAAUGGUCAACAACAUACCCUCUUGUAUCUAUAGAGGAUCCCUUUGACCAAGAUGACUUUGAGUCUUAUGCAUCAUUAACUAAGGAGAUAGGAGACAGGGUACAGAUAGUAGGGGACGAUCUCCUUGUUACUAAUCCUUUACGUAUAAAUAAGGCAUUAAAGGAGACAGCAUGUAAUGCAUUAUUACUAAAAGUUAAUCAGAUAGGUAGUAUAACAGAGGCUAUAGAUGCAUGCAAGCUAGCACAACAAAAUAAUUGGGGGGUAAUGGUCUCUCAUAGAUCAGGGGAGACAGAGGAUUCCUUUAUUGCUGAUCUAGUUGUAGGGCUAAGGACAGGACAAAUCAAGACAGGGGCCCCCUGUAGGUCAGAAAGAUUAGCUAAAUAUAAUCAAUUAAUUAGGAUAGAGGAACAAUUACAGGGCAAAUGUAAAUAUGCAGGAGAAAACUUCAGAAAUAUUCACUAA